UGACCGGCGGCUAGCGCAACUGGACGGCUUCCGGGAGGCUCUUCCGUGUGUGCGGCGGCGCGGGCAAGAUGGGCAAAGUGAGGGGGCUGCGAGCCCGUGUGCACCAGGCCGCAGUGCGGCCCAAGGGGGAGGCUGCGCCCGGCCCCGCGCCCCCCGUCCCGCGCCCGGAGGUGACCCUGCCGCCCGCCUCGGCCGGUGUCGCGGGGGCAAAGGACUGGGCGUUGAUCCACACUGACGUCUUUGCCAAGACCCAGAUAGACCCCAGUGCUUUGGUGCAGACACUGGAGCUGGACCAGACGAGCCUCGCCUCCCUCAGGAAAGGUGCUGAGGCAAAGGCCAUUUUGCCCAAGAAGGAGAAGCUGAGGCUGCGUAGGGAGCGAUGGCUGCAGAAAAUUGAAGCCAUAAAGCUGGCAGAGCACAAGCUCAAGGAGGAGCGGAGACGCAGGGCCACGGCUGUGGUGGGGGACCUGCACCCCCUGAGGGACGCCCUGCCCGAGCUUCAAGAGCUGGAGGCAGGCAGGCGGCAGCAAGCCAGAGGGGUGAGCAGCAGACCCAGACCAGCCGAGCUCAGCCGGAUGAGCGCAGCCCAGAGACGGCAGCUGCUUGAGGAAGAAAGGACCCGGUUUCAAGAGCUGCUGACCAGCCCAGCCUACAGAGCCAGCCCCCUGCUGGCCAUAGGGCAGCAGCUGGCUCACCAGAUGCAGCUGGAAGGUGGCAGCCAGCUCUAACAAGGGCAGCGGUGUGCUGUGAGCUCUGAGGGACGCACAUAUGGACAGAGGUGCCCAGAGAGGGCUAUCUGCCUCUGACUGUCCCCUGAGCCUAGAUGGACAUCCUCUCCCAGGUCUUUGAAAGCAGUCUUUAGAACAAAUGGAGGACUUCAUGGAUUCCUUCCUAUGCGUCACCAGGCCCUUCCCAUGGGUCCACUUCCACUUUGGAAUCUCCUGCAUUUCCUACAGCUGGGCUGACCCUGGGACAGCUGCCCCACCUCCCCUCAGGACAAGCCACACCCCCAGGCUGGGCUCCACGCUCCUGUGGUAGACACCAGUGGGUUUGCCAGGCCUGCACUCAGACCACCUGGACAUCACCAAGAGGCACCACCGAUGCCCUGCUGCAGCCACAGCACAUCUGGAGAAGGAAUCUCACUGCAGGUGACCCUGAUCACAGGGAAGGCCUAAGGACAGCGCCUGCUUGGUGAGCUCCUCCACAGACGCAGCCCACAGGUCCCCGGUGCUGUGCAACCCCGUGGGCUCUCCCUCAGCAGCCGCCCUCCCUCCUACGUGGGCCUCAUCGUCUGUGGGCUGCAAGCUGUGCUCUGUGAACUUGGGCACAGAUGGCCUUGCACAGAGGCUGUCCGUGACAAGAACAGAUGGGCACUGUGGACAGGCCUGUGAGGGUGCACACAGCUCAGUGGGGCUCGGUGGCUGGGUUGCAGGUGGCCAUGUCUUCCUCGUGAUAGUUGGUACAGCCCGAGGUGUCUUCCUGGGGAAGGUGUAUUCAUGAUGUGCUAUUUUAAGAGAGAGCUCCUGGCUUCCUGGUCUUCAA